AGAACCUUCCUCCCCAGGCAAGAAGGAUAGGAGAAGAGGAGUCAUGUUUGCACAAGGUACCAACAUGUCUGAGAGGAGGAGCGGGAACGAAAUGGCCGGCAUUGGCAUUUCAUUCCGAGCACAAGUGAACAAGCAACUGCUAAUCGUUGCCUCCAUGAAGGAUGAUGGACCCGCAGCUCGAAGCGGCAAGGUGCGGGUUGGAGAUCUGCUGGAGACAAUCGAUGGAGUGGAAGUGAAGACAACAGACUUCGAGGAACUUGCCCACCUCCUUCUAGGACCUGAAGGCUCAACAGUGAGGCUUGGGCUACGACGAGACGGCAAGCUAAUAAAUGCACCAAUAGUGAGAGAAAUUCUCUUGCGUUGAGGAAGAUGCAUGUGAAUCAGUCCCUAGGCUUAGAAAACUUGAAAUCUUGCGAAAGUACUGUCUGCUGUUCAUAUCCUAAUAUGUAAAUCGAAGCGAACU